UCUGUUAUAAAUCGACUCAGAUGAAUAUUCUAUUAUUUAGAUGUACAAUAUAAGGAAAAUACUAGAAAAUUAUGUCAAUUUUAUAUGAUAUAAUCAAGAAGUUCUAUUUCUUUGGAAGGAUUACAUAUGAUACAUUGAACAAAAUUUAAUUAUACUACACAAUUCAUAUUAUUUCUACGGAAAAGGAAUCUUAACCUCACAAAUAAGGAAUUUUAUCCAUUAUCAACGUAAGUAUAGGACCUGAGAGCCUAAUUGGAUGAAUAGCUUAUGGAGGAUUUCCAGGCAGCCCAAGAUAAAAUAUUAUCAAGCACCAUAUUUUAUUUAGAUCAUAAUCUAAAUUUUUUAUCCUCUGCGUAAAUUAGAAACGCUACCACAUGGGUGAAGAAGGAGAAGAAUCAGUCUAGAAACUUAUGAAAAUAUUAAGUUAAUCGAUGACAAAGACAUUUUAAACUCAUAUUUUGACAUGGAUUUUGAUGCUCUAUAUCAGGGGGCGUAAUCUCCUAGCCAUGGAACGAUGGAAUAGUUUCAACAAUAUAUUUCUUAGCCACCUUGCGAUGUGACAAGACAACAAGUAUACUAAUAAGGACUAAGACCAACAGUUUCAGAUACUAAAGGUCAUCAUGUGGUAGGCGGGGCUAGGGGGGCCCUCCCCCCUAUAGACCUGGCGCCGCCAUCACGGAUCACAACGGCGACCGACACAGAUGUCCUGACAACGGGCCCAGGGCCACCAGAAUGCCUGCGGACGACGACUAUGGCCGAAGACAGAUCUUACCACAAUACGCCUCUCAGUGCCAGUCGCCUUCUAGGUCCGUUCAUUGUCCUGCUGGUUGUAACUCUACAGAGAAACAACAAGUUACUAUCGCCUCCCAUCGCUAUCCAAACGACAAGAAUAUCCUGGAUGCGACAAGUGACCGCGAUCGAUACGUUAGUACGGAGCGAUUUGUACAGGAUCGGGCCAUCGCUACGGAACACUACGGAAGUGAUCGGUUUUAUUCGGAACGUAGCAAUUCGGAUCGACUUCCUUCGGGUGAGCGAUAUCAAGGGGUAUCGGAACGCUAUCCUCUCGGAGAGCGACCGCAGACGUCUAUUUCGAAUGAUAGACUUAUACUCAAAGAACCAUUGCAAAUCUCAGGGCAUUGUCAAAACGAGAAUAAGACGGUUUAUCAAGCAGAGAGGUAUAAUUAUGAUAGGUCAACUAAUACAAGAUUCCCAGAGAGGUACACACCGGUUCAAAACGUUGGUAGCCUUGAUCGGUACCACUCACAUAACACGAUUGAUAGGUACUCUAGGACUAGUACACCUACUGAUAGAUACCACACUUUAUCGACUGAACAAGAAAGAAACGCUAACAGUGACGAUCGCUACACAUCCACCACAGAACGACAUAAUAGUACCGGCUCUAAGUCAGACUUGUGCAACACUAGAGAACGAUCGGCGAGUUCAGAUCGAUCAAACAAAGAAAGAGAUUACCAGAAUAGAUACGAACAAUACGUUAAUGAUAGAUUGGGAGAAGAUAGGUUUCCUGCGAUACCAUGUCCUGAAAGAUUCGCCACUCAGGAGAGAAUUGAAAGACCUGAGAAAAUGUCGUUUUCUCAGGUUUCUUAUUUGGAACCUCCGUCUCCAGCACCAGCUAGUGAUAGGUUCUUCCCACCUCCUCCUCUGUCGCCUGAAAAUACUCCUAGUCCAGACUGUUUUUCGAACAAUACUUUUCCUUCACCAACAACGACGGUACCGCCAUCGGAAAGAUUCAUACCACCACCACCACUUUCACCGUCACCAACCGAAACUUUUGCUCCCAAAAAUACAACUGAAAGAUAUGAUAAAAUCCAGAGAUAUCAAGGAUAUUCGUCAUCGCCGAAUAUAUCCACGGAUAGGUUUUAUAAUAACGAUCACAGAUAUAAAGACCGAUAUAAUCAUAAUUACACGGAUAGAUAUCAACAGAAUAACCAACAAAUUUAUACAAACGAUAAGUAUGUAAAUACGGACGGAAGGUUCAAUGGCGAUAGGUAUAUUCCACCAAAUGCCCAUAUGCCAGUUGAAAGGUAUGUUCCUCAACCACAAGAACCGUAUUUCUCAUCUUACCAACCUUACGGAUACAAACAAUUCAAUUCCAGUGAUCCAUAUAUGCGUAGAGAUCUUGCUUUCCAUUACCGCUUACCAAUAACUUAUAGUAAUAAUUACCAGAGAAUCAGAUUCGCUGGAACUCCCAGCAGGUUCAAAUGUUGUCAGUAUCAAGAAGGAUAUCAAAUAUGUAAGUCGAGUCCAGAAUCUAGUUCCAGCAGUUCUGUAACCAGUCAAGGGAACCAAAAAGAAGUACCAUGUGUCAAUACCAGUCUUCAGGAAAUUCAGUGCCAAAACUUUCACGGAAAGGAAUAUUUUCAACAGGAGAAGAGUAUACAGUGCGGAAAUGCGCAGUGCGAGAGUCGUGUUAAAAACACGAAAGGACAAUGUCGACAUAGUAUAUGUGUUAGUCCUUCGGUUGAAUAUGUUGGAGCUUCCGGGGGAAGGCACGUUUGUGCUACGCCACCUCCUAGAAGUGGUGUUACUCCAGAGACUGUUGUGUGCAAUGAAGCUUGUUUUCCCAGGAGAUCGCAAAGUACAUUUACUGUUACUGUUUGGAGAGGUACUCCACAAGCAUCCAUUCCUCUGACGCAAACGUCGAAACCUCAAGACCAACCUCAAACACCUCCAACACAGAAACAUACUAUUCAGCGACCAACCACUCCAGUACCACCACCACCACCAGAAGCAGGUAAACAAGAAAGUGGGGAUUACGCCCCCGUUAAUGAAAACCCUCCAGUCAUGAAAUCUCCUCAACCAGCUACAACUCCAGUUAGAACACCGGUACAUCAAAGAGCAGUUUCACUUCCCCCAGCGCCACCAAUCGAAAGGCCAAGACCUGCGCAGCAAGUGCACCAUAGACCCGUUGGUUAUUCGCAAAGUGAAAGACUACAUAAUAGAGAGAGACCAGCUUUGAACAGACAAAUGAGUAGAAAGGAUAUUAUUAAGAAUUAUAUUAAAAAAGAAACUGCUAACUUUUUUGGGGUUGACGAGGAGAAGGAAGAAGAACAACAAUUAAGGUGGUUGGACAGACGGAAAAGAAUGGCUUAUAGAACUAUGGGACCUUUAAAAGAAGAAUACUGUACUCCGAGUAUAAGUCGGUUUUCCGAAUACCAUCGAAGAACUCUAUCCGAAGCAGCGCCUCAACCAGCCCAUGUUGGUUCAGGUCAAUUAACCACUGAAAGGCCAGAUGUUCUUCCUGGUCCAUCUGAUAUAACUGAUUCUUUUUCAGACGUACUUCCCGAACAACAAAGAAGCGAAUCCUCUAUUAGAAGAAAAGAAUCUGUAGCGAGGAUGACUUUGGAUGGAUUAUCAUAUGUUGUAACUACUCUUACGAGGCAUAGACUGCGGCUAAGAUCACAGCAAUCAACAUAUUCUCGUAGUUUUCCACCUGAUACACCAAUGGCUACACCUCCUCCAGAAGAACAAACUUUCUUCGAAAAACCCGUCAUACCUACAUCACCGCGAACACCCGAAGGUGGAGAUACAGUAGACAGAGCGGAAGCAAUAGUACCAGCCUACAGAGAAAGAAGUGAAAAUGUUAGGUACGCGGAACCUACAAGUGCCUCGGGUUGGAGGAUUGACCAUGAAAACGUAGUUUUAAGGCAUGGAGAAAACAGACCCAGUAUAGGACGGACUCGUAUUCUAUCGAGUAACUUAGAUAGAGUUCUUGACAAUUCUGACCGAAGACAAUACGGAAUGGGAUGGGUCGGAAGAAUGUUUGGGCAUUCUUUUAGAAAAUCUGUUACUCAAGACGCAAGAAUUCAAGAACAAUUAGACGAUAUGGAAGACCAUCGACCGAUGUUUACUUAUUGGGUAACGACAGUGCAAAUUUUGGUACUUUUCAUAUCUAUAAUUUGUUAUGGCGUUGGUUCUUUUGGAAUUGAUUUACAAUCGAAAUCGGGUCAAGUUCUGGUGACUAGUUUAUCACUACAACAAGUGGAUUAUUUAGAACCCGCUAAUUUCUGGUUUGGACCCAGAGCUGGUGAUCUGAUUCAUUUAGGAGCAAAGUUCGCACCUUGUAUGAGAAUAGACAAUAAAAUAAAGAAAGAAAUUGACAAAAUUCAAGCUAAAGAACGGGAGACCGCAUGCUGUAUCAGAAAUGAUGACUCAGGAUGUGUCCAAUCUUCACAAGCAGACUGUUCGUUGAGAGGAUUACGACCAACGAAAACGAUUUCUACCUGGAAGAAAUGGAAAAUGGGAGACUCGGGUCCUGGGGGCAGGAUAUCUGGUUCAGUAUGCGGUUUGGAUCCAAAAUUUUGUGAUGCCCCUGCAAGCGUCCAUCCUUACGAAUGGCCUGACGAUAUUACCAAAUGGCCAAUUUGCCGUAAAACCAAUACUCAAUUUUCUAUUCAAAAAAAUAACGGACCACGCGACAAACUUGCAGAACAUAUGGUAUGUGAAGUUAUAGGCCAUCCAUGUUGUAUAGGAAUACAUGGUCAAUGUAAAAUAACAACUAAAGAAUACUGUGAUUUCGUUCAAGGAACAUUUCAUGAAGAGGCAUCAUUGUGUUCACAAGUUUCGUGUUUAAACGAUGUCUGUGGAAUGAUUCCUUUCUUCUUCCCCGACGUGCCUGACCAGUUUUACAGGUUAUGGACAUCGCUGUUCUUACAUGCCGGUGUACUUCAACUUGUUAUUACAAUUCUCAUUCAGUAUUUUUUGAUGAGGGACUUGGAAAAAUUGACGGGAAGUUUGAGGAUUGGAAUUAUCUAUAUUGGUUCUGGAGUUGCCGGUAAUCUGGCCAGUGCUAUUUUUGUACCGUAUCGUGCAGAUGUUGGCCCAUCCGGUUCCCAAUUUGGACUACUAGCUUGCCUCAUAGUCGAAGUCCUUAACGCCUGGCCAAUGCUAAAACAUCCGAAUCAAGCCUUAUGCAAACUACUCUCAAUCACAUUAGUUCUCUUUGUAGUCGGUCUCUUGCCGUGGGUUGAUAAUUACGCCCAUCUAUUCGGUUUCGUAUUCGGCUUUCUUCUAUCUUACGCCUUUUUACCUUUCAUAUCUUUUGGUAAAUACGACAGACAUAAAAAGAUAUUUUUAAUAUGGGUAUGUCUGACUGCCGCUUCGAUUCUAUUUAUCUGUCUGGUGCUCUUAUUUUAUAUAAUACCGGUUUAUGAUUGUAAAAUCUGUUCGUACUUCAAUUGUUUACCUAUCACUAGAGAUUUCUGCGCAUCUCAAAAUAUUAAUUUUAAAAAGGAGGAACCCAUAGUAUGACAAAAGAGUAUACGGUUUUUAACCGUAUAUUUUGUUGUGUUCUUUCAUUUUUCCGAGCUCAAAUGAUUGUUUCAAUUGUAUUUUGAAUGAUUUUUCCGUUUUUCACAUUAGCACAGGUAUGGUUUAAAAAAGUAAGUCAACUAAUAUAAAUUUAAAUGUCGUAAACAUAUUUUUCAUUAUUAAUCUUAUCGAAAGUUACACUUUUUUUACGAUCCUAGAUUACCGCUCGAUUUAUGAAAUUGUCAUAUAAUUUCUAUGGAAAGUUUUUAUUUCCAUCUUUAAUAAUAUGCUUAAUUUGUUCGAAAUUUUUCCUUUUUUUAGCUUAGAAUGAAAAAUAUUUGUAAUAUUUUUUUUUCUGAAGUAUGUCUGCAUUAUUUAAUCAAUGAAUCUAAAAUAAUACUGUGACAUACUUGAAAUUUUUUAAUACCCUCAAUAAUUUUUGUAAUAUUAAUUACAAUUAUCUAUCGUAGGAAAAAAAUUCUGCUACCUGUAGAAAGAAUCUUUUCCUAGAGUAAAAAUACAACUUUUCGCACUUAUUAGGUCAAUAAUUUCCUCGUUGCUUUAUAGAAUUCUAAUAAUAAGUGAUAUAAAAUAUCUACUUCUAAAAUUGAAAUUCUUUCGGCAGUUACACAGCAUAGGGAAACUCAAAUUACUAUUCAAGUCAAGUGAAUGGACAUCAUUAUGUCAAAAUGUGUGGUAAUUGUUUUGAAAUUAUCCAAUUUAGUUAUAUAAUAAACAAACUGUAUGAAAACAGUAUCGCAGUAUUAUUGAAUAAAAUCAUUCAAAAUAUAAUUCAAUUAUGUAUUUUUUACUUCUAAGUUUCACGUUCUGUUUCUACUUAUUUUGCCCAAUAAAUAUAAUUUCUGUUUUUAUUUAUUUUGUUUAUCGUUUUUAGUACCUCCCUAGUGAAUGUAGUGAUAAAAAAAACUAAUGAAACGUGGACUUGAUGAGACGUUUUUGUGACGUAUGUGUUGAAAAUUACUUUUACUUGUUUUGUGAUCAUUUUUAAGAAAAGACAGUUUGAUGUACAUUUUCGGGCAGUGUUACAAAAUAAACAACAUUAAGAAUAUGUGAUAAAACGACUAUAUAUCGCGAUAAAAUAUAUGACACUUCUUAUUUCUAUAUAAAUAUGCAAUGAAUAUUUGUUUUUGUUGGCAACGAAAAAAAUGCUACAAUGAACUUUUUUGCUGUUGAUCUGCUUAAUUGAAAAAUACCCUGACAAACAUUGAAUAGCUUUGAUUAUUAGGUUAGUACUCUGGUAUGUAAAUAGCAAAGGAGCUGGUGAAUUAUCGAAUUUUUAUAAAUAAUACAAUCAUCAUUUUUUUAACUAGAUUUGAAAUUAUGAAGUCACCCAUAAAACCCCACAACUAUUGGAUCACACAUGGUAAAAAGAGGUAAAGUAAUGAAUCUCCAUGAAUCUUAUCUCAUCACAAUUAGCUCUACUUGAGUUCACAAUUAUUGUGCCAUCCAGGUUUAUACCAGUAUGUUAAUUAAUUUAAAAUAUUUUUGUCAAAAUUCAUUGUAAAAAAUUAUGGAACAGUUUUUAUUUUAAUUUCUUCAGACUGGUACAUACUACAGCCAUCAGAUUCAGAAACUGGUCAUUAUUACUAAAAACAUUCUUAUAUCAUAUAUUUUAUUAGUAUAUUAUGGUAUAAAUCAACGAGUGAAUAUCAACUCAUUAUACGCGAGUAGAAUACUAUCCUUUAUCCACGACUACUAAAUAUUUUUGUUAAAAUUCAUGCAACCAUUACUCCCAUUAUUAAAGCCACCUAAAUCACAGAAUGUAAUGAAUUAAAUAUGUGAAAGAUUUACUUAAUAUUUUACCUUUGUUGAUAUCAUCAGAUGCUUUCAUCAAAAAAUUGUUGAUAUAUUCGCUAGAAAUAGUUUUCACUUAUUUUAGCUGAAACCAACUCACUUCUUAAUAAUUCUCCUAAUUUUUUUAUAAUUUCCCAAGAUUAUACCUUGAUGUAAGGUGAUCGUACUUCUAAGUUUUUAAAUUUUACGGACAAUUCAGUAAAUUUUAUUAUUAUGUUGUUUUGUUACACAAAAUAGAUUAUUUUAUCGGGUAAACUACUAAAUAUUUUCAAUUUAUUUCUAUGCACAUAAAAAAAUUAAAGAAGCAAAUUUUCCUAGAUCUUAUUCGAACCUGAAACCUGCAGUUUAAAAGCACAGAACAUUAAUGCUGAGCUAUGAGCGACAUGAACUUCUUUGUCGUAUAUCUGUUUUUUGAGGUAAUUACUAUUUUUGAAACAAUUUAUAAAUUGAAGUACCUUUUAAAACUAAAUAUAAAUUUGACUCAACAUUAUUGUGUGGUUAAAUUUCUCAUUGUUUUAAUGUUUUAUGUUAAUUAUAUUUUAAAAAAAACAGCUAAAAAAAUUGAUAUAGAAAAUGAAAGUGACUUUUCUUUAACACCACCAGAAAUUAGAGAAGAUGCUGAAGUUGGCUCAUUAAAUUUAUUGCCGCAUAUGUCAAGGAAAAUAUAUAAUAUGGCAUAUGAAUUUUGAACUGUUGUAACAUUAGAAACCCAAUAUUUGUUAAACUAAUACAUAGAUUGUUGUGCUGAUUAUUAAGGACAUGUAUGUAUCAUUAUAACUUUCGAUAACUAUAUACUUUGUUCAAAUGAGCAACUUCAACAAAAAUAUUCGUGGAUAUUAUAUAUUAUAUAUAGUAUAGUAUUCUAGUCGCAUAUAGUGAGUUAUUAUUGACUUAGUGCUUUAUGCCACUUACUAACGCUCGUGAAUAAUAUCCUUCAUUAUACGAUAGUGAAUAAUAUACUAUUAACUAUAAACUAUUAUCAGUUGUAGAUAUUGUUAUGUUAGGGAGAAUGUAAUUAGAUACUAAGAAGUAUCAUUCCAUCGCUAUGACUAAUAAAAUCGUUUAGUUGCAAAUAUUCGAAAUGUUAUAUGUUAUACCAAAAAAUUAUAUGCUAUAAAAAACAAAUUAAGGAUUUGUUUGUGGUUUCUAUAGAGACUAAGUAAAAAAUCAAGCAAUCCUUGUAAAUUCUACACUUUGCAGUUAUCUGUAGUAUUUGUCCUUAUUCCAUAACUCGUUUUAAUUUUUGUAUUCAACUGUUGAUACCUUAUUGUAACAGUUUUUUGUUUAUCCCAAAUUAUGAAAUUGACUAUAUUCAUAUUUCAAAUUGAUUCUGUUAAUAUUUUCCAGAUGGUCAAACAAAAAUACGGUUUCACAAAAUUACAAAUACAUUGCUAAGACGAAGAUAUGCACCAAUUAUCUUCUAAGUUGAAUAUUUUCAUUUGAUACCUGGGUACUAGCCUAUCCGGUUUAACAAAUCUUUCGAGAUUGGCAAUACAAAAUAACCAAAAAAUAAAAAGAAAAUGUUAGAAUGUGUUCUUGUAUUGGCAAUAUCUUUUGAUCAACUCUUCGAACUUAUGUAUAUUAUAUCGUAAACAUUCCAUAGUCUUAUUUCUAUGUGUUAUAUUUAAUAUAAAUACAAAAAUUAUCAAAAAUAUUUUCAUGAUAUAGAUAAUCUGUAAAAAUAAGAAUGAGUGAAAAAUGAAAAUUCAAAAAAAAAAACAAGGAGUAUGUAUAUAUAUGAAAUAUAAAGCAGUAUGAUAUGUGUUUUUCAUUUAGGUGUGGAAAAAUAAUUGAUUUUUGUAAGAUUGUGACAAAAUAAUUAAUCUCUUCCCAGAAGUUCUUUAUUUGUCUACGUAAGUACAUUACAAACAAAGAAUUUAUUUCACAUUGUUGUAAUAUUUUAGAAGUUGACUGUCAUCCAAUAAUUUUUCUCUUUCUCUAAAAUGGAAAAAAAGUUGAAAUAAUUUAACCAGAAAACAUUCACUUUUUUAAUUUGGAAACCAUUAUUAAUUAAAAAAAUUGAAAACGUGAAGUCUAUCGCAGUACAUAAAGAAUAUUAAUAUUUAGUGGCAUGAAUGAUUUUUCCUUCUGACCUUAUUACUUGAAGUAUACAAAAAUAAUUUCCAAUAUUCAUUCUUAGCAGUAUCCAAUUGAGAAUGCACAGUUUUGGAAUACUAAGUAUUGAAAUUAUAAAAAACAGUUUCGCAUUGAUUUCUUCGCAACUUUUGGAAGUUUUGAAUAUAUUACGGUUCCUUUCAAAAUUUUAAUAAAAAGAUAAGUUUGUCUUCCAAUGAAAUAUUUUCUGUUUUAUUUGACUUUUGAUUUACAAGUAAAAAUCACAAAAUGAGAAAAUAUCCGAUUACCAAUUAGUUUAACUGCCUCGUUGACUUUGAGAAACAUUUGAUAAAACACUUUAUGAAUAUUCAUAAAUCUUAUUGAAAACUAGAAAGUAAUCAUGAACAAAAUUAAUUACAAGACUAACCUAAAGUAGCCCUAAGAUUUAAAGUCAAAAAGCUGUUUCAUUGCUGAAAACACGGAAAAAUACAAAUAAUUUAUUUAUAUUAAGUUACAAAAAUAAAUUGUCAAUUAAAACAUCCUAUUGGAACUUGGGCGUUUAUGGUAAAAAAGAAAUAACACAAUUAUCCAGUUCAAAUUCUUUGGAAUGCAAUUAUAAUAUAUAUAAAAAAUGAAAUUAAUCAAUAUCAAAGUAUUUGAUUCCACUUACUACAAGAAAUUCAUGUAAUAGGUAAUACUCCAAAAGACUGGCUUAUCUGUGUAUUUAUUCCCCUCCCUAAGAAAUUAAAUGUCAAGAAAUGUGUUGAGUUCAGACUGGUAAGCUUGAUGAUCCUACUUAAAAAUAUACAAGCCAGAAUCUACCAUAAAUAUGAAGCCAAUCAAAGCGAUACCCAAUUUAGAUUUCGCAAAGGUCUAGGAACAAGGGAAGCACUAGGUAGCUUAUUAAUACUCUUCCAGAAAUGUUAAGACAUGAGGAAAGAUGUUUAUGCCUGUUUCAUAAACUACGAGGAAGCCUUUGAUCGAGUUAAUCAUACCGUACUUCUGACAUUACUACAGAAAAAAAUGUUAGACAAACAAGACAUCGAGUUUAUUAGAAAUAUUUAUAGGAACUUAGAAGCAACGGUUAGAUAUGGACAAAAGACAUAGGAACCGGUGUGUAUAGAAAAGGGGGUACGACAAGGUUGUGUUUUGUCGCCAAUACUGUUUUAAUAUGUACUCUGAGCAUAUAUUUAACCAAGCGAUAGGUGAUGACGAGGAUAGAAUAAAAAUUAACGGCAGAACAUUAAACAACAUUCUUUAUGCAGACGACACGUUUAUCAUUGCAGACAAUACAGAAGCCCUUCAACGCCUAAACGAGAAAAUUGAGAAAUUCCUAAAGUGAAAAAACUAUUAUGUAACGAAACUUAAACUUAAGAUACCGUUUUGUAAAGGCGUACGUGCACUCAGUUCUCUUGUAUGAAGCAGAAACAUGGACAUUAAAAGUGGAUACGAUGAACAGACUCGAGGCUUUUGAAAUGUGGAUCUUCCGUAGAUUCCUAAAAAUAUCAUGGACUCAACAUAUACCUAACGAUGAAGUAAGUACUUAGAUGUAUGGGAAAGGAAGGAGGAGAAGUUACUUACAACAAUAAAGAGAAGAAAGGCCGCUUAUCUUUGCCACAUAUACCGUAACAACAAGUAUGAUAUAUUGAAAUUCAUUCGUCCUUUUUGGUUAAAAAACAUUCGCGAUUGGAAUGUUAUGAACACAUAAUCUUAAAUUUGCACCACUCAGGACUGAAAUAAGUUUGCCAAGAUUAUCGGCAACCUUCAUUAAAUGGCCAUGGAACCGGAAGAAGAGAAGAAAGUAUUUGAUGGAACAAAUCUAUUUACUGAACAUUAUUUGAAAAUUUUAAGGCCAAACAUGUCAUUCUUAUAUAAUAAAAAGGAGAAAUAACAUAAUGCUACAUUAUAUGGUUCGAUUACUUGCAGUUUCGUAAUAAUCCUUAUCAAAAUCUUAGAAAUGUGAUCUAAAAUUAUUUAUAAUGGACAAAUGUUAUGAUAAAGGAGAAAAAAUGUUUUAGUUCAACAUAUAUUAAAUAUCAAAGUAUAAUCAGUGACAUUAGAAAUGGUCAUGCAAAACAAAUAAUGUAUCGAUCUUGAUUAUUUGAUUAGGUGAAAGGCAUACAUCAAGAAUGCAAUGAUAUGCAUCAUUAAAAGGAGAUGGUCGAUGUCUGUGAUACCUCAUCUCAAGCAACUUUAAUUAACUGAGCUAGAAUUUGUGGAUAGAUGCGUAAAUUAAAUAGUAUCUUUUCCAUCACAUAUCACACAUCUACUAUAGGAUUUAAAUGAGGUGACACAUUAAUGCCAUUUUCAUAGUUCGACGUGCUACAUGUAAACAUGUGGGCUUCACAAAAAAAGGACUUAUGGACUCUGAUUUAUGUAAGGUAGUGAAGUGGUUAACUAUCAUGGUUCGAAUAAGCACCAUUGGUGAUUGACUACCAUAGCCAAUAAUCCCCCAAAUCAUUACUUCAACUGUGCUGUACUUAAAGCAUUUUAUUACGCAUAACACAAGUAGAGGAACUUAUGUUAACUAAUAAUACUAAGAGACUCUUGUAAACAGGUUUCAUCGGAAAAAAAUUGUAAUCAUGGCCAAAGGUAAAACGUAGUUAUGAUCAUGAUGUAGUCAAAAAUAAAAAUCGGAGAAUUUUUCUUACCGGAUUGAAUACUUCUAGUGUCACUGAGUACAUAUGAAUUAUUAUUAUUAAGUGGAAGAAGGUAUUGUAGGAAAUUGUGAUUUUGUUUAAUGAAGGUGAUUUUAAUAGACAUAAUUGACAUGUUACAUUCAAAUUGUUAAUCCUGAAACAAUGAUACAGGAAUAAUUCAUAUAAUUAAGGAUAUUUCUUUAGUUAUGUUUGUUCAAGUAUUGAAGUUUUCUGAAAUAAAAACAAACAAAAAAAUGUUCUACCAUGUUAUUCCAUUUUGAUAAAAUCUAUUUGUAAAUUCUCGAAAUUUCUUUGCUGAAAAAUUAAUGAAUGACUAUCUUGUUUGAACAAUUUACCCAAGAUGUAUAUUAUAAUGUAAUAAAUGCAUUGAGUAAUAAAGAAUAAUUCUUUAUUACUGAAUGAUAAGAAAGUACUUCCUUAAUAGUUUCUCGUCAUAAUGAUAAACAUGUACUACACAAUUAACAAACGUGAUUCAAUUAUAUGCAGAUUAAUAAUCUACCAUUAAUUUUAGUUCAUAUGUUUGAUAUCUUGUAUAAAAAGUUUUCGUUAACUUUGAACAGCACAAAAAUUAUGAAUUGCAUCUGCCUUUAUGUGAGGAGAAAAGCUGCUCACUGAGGAGAUAGUUAAAGCUCGAUCGUUUCUAAUUUAGUAUUUAAUAAAUAAUAGGAAAAAAUGAGGAAAUUAACUAUUUGAGAGCAAUAUUUUAGUUCAGUUCUGAAGACAAAUAACAGCAUAUCUUCAAUAAGAUUAAUUAGAGCAAUAGUAAGUGGCACCGUGAGAUUGAAGAUGUACAAUCAAUUUUUUCAAAAUUUUUGCGCUGAAAAUUGUCAGAACAAACUUUGUAAUAUUUUAGAUAUAGUAAGAAGGAAGUGAGGAGGGAGAAACCGGUAUCAAAAAAGAGAUCAGUGAAUAUUGCAGCUAGUAGCAAAUAAUCUAAAAUAAGUAAACCAUGGAUCUAAUGUACCAUUAUAAAGUCAAUGUAUAAAGAACUUUUAGCUCUAGUUAGUAGAAUGCCACUUUUUAGAAGAGAACUUAUAGUGAAAUUGAAGAAAAAAUCAGCUAUUUCAGCUCAAAAAAGAGCUACUUCAGCUUUUUCAACAAAUGUGUGUUUGUUAUGUACGUCCAAAAAUAAGUGUACACUUUUUUCUAAAACAUAAUAACAGUGAAGUGAGAAAUUCACUUUUUUCAAAUAUUCACAAGACAAUUUUGAAAAAAGAUUAUAACUGUUAUUAUAAUGUCAAUACAUCAGACAAAUAAAAUUACAUAUUCAAUAAAAGGGAUAUAAUAGUGGAAAUUUUUUUUCGAAUAAAUUAUAUUCAAUCGAAUUAUUACAAAAGCAACUUCAAAGAAACAAUUUUUGAAGUAAUUUCUUUAUAUAAUUAAUAAGUAUUGAAAAAUACCAUAACCUACCCGUUAUUUAUAUGAGAUUGGGUAAGUGAGAUCAAAUCAAUUAUCCUUAUGUCUCAUAACCCUUCUCAAUAUAUGAACUCAGCAACAAAA